UGAGAGUUGCUUUCUCUCUGCUCUUCGUUUCUUCUUUCUAUCACUACUUCGUCUUCACUCCACAGCCCAUUCCCUCUCAAAAUAGCGGGAGGAGAAAUGGAUCGGAGUCCGCCGGUGAGGAAGUCGCACACCUCCACAGCUGAUCUGCUCACAUGGUCUGAAACGCCGCCACCGGCAGCUAUCGAUCAGGCUGUGUCGGCCUCCCGCCGGACUCUCAAGCCGGCGGGAGGGAUUAGCCCGGUGAUGUUCGGGGCGCAGAUGUCGGCGGAGGAAGCGGAAAGCUUGAACAAGAGGAAACCCUGUUCAAGCUCAAAACUGCGAGAAAUGACUGGCAGUGGUAUCUUUGCAGCAGAUAAUGAGAAUGCGAUAAUGGAAUCUGGUAAUGCUGUCUCAAAUCAUAAUACUAAGACAAGUGUUAGAAUUUGCCAGCAAGCUGUUAGUGCAAUUAGCCAAAUAUCAUUUAGUGCUGACGAGGCAGUUUCUCCAAAGAAGCCUACUUCGAUUGCUGAGGUAGCAAAGCAGCGAGAGCUAAGUGGUACCACUGAGAGUGAGCUUGAUGCCAAAGUCAAGAAGCAGCUCUCUGAAGCAAAGAGCAAAGAGCUUAGUGGGCAUGACAUCUUUGGUCCUCCUCCUGAAGUUCCGGCCAGGCCUUUAGCUGCAAGGAAUUUGGAACUAAGGGGGAAUUUGGAUUUCGUCUUGCCACAGCCUCGAAGCAUACAUACAUCAGUGAAAGUAUCUAAUCCGGCUGGAGGUCCUAGCAAUAUCAUGUUCAGUGAUGAUAGUGUCGCCAAGACUGCAAAGAAGAUCCACACUCAGAAGUUCCAAGAGCUGACCGGCAACGACAUAUUCAAAGAAGACGCACCCCCAGGGUCUGCCGAGAAGCCACUGAGUGUGGCAAAACUGAAGGAGAUGAGCGGCAGCGACAUCUUUGCAGAUGGGAAAGCGGCAUCGCGAGACUACUUCGGCGGAGUCCGUAAGCCUCCCGGUGGUGAGAGCAGCAUUGCAUUGGUUUAACUAUCCUGACCACGUUGUCUGUGUAUUAUUGCAGUUUGUCUUCCUAAUCAACUUCCGAAACAUGUUUCUGUGGACUAAUUAUGUGCUGCGUGUGCUUGAUGUAUCUUAGACUGUUUGGCUUUGACAUUGUUCAUUGAGAGUGACGAGAGAUGAUGGAACCUUUGUCCGA